AUGGCGAGCCCCGUUCCGCCUCGGCCAUCGUCGGGGAGGCCGUCACGGGGCACAACAGACGGCUACUCGCGCAUCAAGGAUAAGCUCCCCACCGGCAAAUCCAUCCAGUCUCGCUCUUUCAGUGCGGGGGGUCGCCGCCGGUGCAUCCUCUGCUACCCCAACGGCCAGACCUCCAACUGCGCCAACUUCAUAUCCGUCUACCUCCAGCUCCACAAGAGUGCUGGAGAGCCCGUGAUGGCGCGAGCCAAGUUCGAUUUGCUCGAUCGGGAUGGGAAACCAGUGCCAUCAAACACCUGUACCACAACCCUGAGUGAGUUUUCCCCCGGCGGCUCAGGGUACGGCUUCUCUGAGUUCAUUAACAGGGAGUUCCUGGAGAAUUCGGAGCACCUCUCCAACGACUGCUUCAAGAUCAGCUGUGACAUCAUUAUUCCCGACGAGCUCCGCACGGAGAACAGGAUUAUUGCAGCACCACCGCUUGCUUCUUCUCUCGCAGUGCCACCAUCUUACCUAGAUCGGCAUCUCGGCGAUCUCCUCGUGAGCAAAGAGGGCGCCGACAUCACAUUCCAAGUCGCCGGCGAAGAAUUCAGCGCGCACAAGUUUCUCCUCGUGGCCCGGUCGCGGGUCUUCAAGGCGGAGCUGUGGGGUGCCAUGAAAGAGGGCGCCACCACCGGGGACUGCGUCCGGGUCGAUGGCAUGUUGCCUCAGGUGUUCAAGGCCUUGCUCCACUUCGUCUACACCGACUCGCUGCCGCGGAUGGAGGAGCAAGAGGAGGCCGUGAUGGCCUAGCACCUGCUGGAAGCGACGGGCAGGUAUGACAUGCAGAGGCUCAGGCUGGUCUGUGAGGAUAAGUUGUGCCGGCACCUUGACGUGAGCACGGCUGCGACCACGCUGGUGUUGGCUGAGCAGCACCAUUGCCAUGGUCUCAAGGAGGCUUGCAUUGAGUUCCUUGUAUCUCAUCAUGCGCUGGAGGAG